GAUUAGCUCAACAUCACUCAAAUACAACUUGAAGCUUGCUCUAUAACCUCAGUCAGCAGAAGCUGAUAAAACAAGAGGAAUGGAGACUCUGAGCAACUACUUUUUACUUAGCCUUGCUGUGACACUCAUUUUAUCAGUAGCUUUUGUUGAGGCAGAAACUCAUUACCAUCAAUUUUCUGUUCAAGCUAAAACAGUGCAAAGGUUGUGCAAAACCAGGAACAUUAUAACGGUGAAUGGACAGUUUCCAGGGCCAACUCUGAAUGUCAGAAACGGAGACACACUCGUUAUCAAAGUCCAGAACAAUGCUCGAUACAAUAUCACUAUCCAUUGGCAUGGAAUUCGUCAGAUGAGGACACCAUGGGCUGAUGGACCCGAGUUUGUUACACAAUGCCCGAUUCAGCCAGGUGCAACCUACACAUACAGGUACAAAAUUGAAGAUCAGGAGGGUACAUUGUGGUGGCAUGCUCACAGCAGGUGGCUAAGAGCUACUGUUUAUGGUGCACUUGUUAUCCGUCCUAAGUUAGGGUCUUCGUAUCCUUUCCCAACGCCUAAGAUAGAAUUCCCGGUUGUUCUUGGGGAAUGGUGGAACAGCAAUAUUCUUGAUACCAUGAGACAGGCGGUUUUUACUGGUGGAGCACCAAAUGUGUCGAAUGCAUACACUAUUAAUGGUCAACCUGGUGAUCUAUAUGCAUGCUCGCGUCAAGAUACUACAAGGCUUUCUGUCAGUCCUGGUGAUACAGUCCUUCUCAGAGUCAUCAACGCUGCACUCAAUCAGCAACUCUUUUUCACAGUUGCAAACCAUAGACUAACUGUUGUUGCAGCAGAUGCUGUCUACAGCAAGCCUUUUGCGACAAAUAUUAUCAUGGUCGGACCUGGACAGACAACUGAUGUUCUCCUCACUGCUAAUCAGAGUCCUGGCCGCUACUAUAUGGCUGCACGUGCUUAUGCAUCUCCAAAAAAUGCUCCUUUUGACAACACAACCACAACCGCAAUUCUUCAGUACAAGUCUGCGUCUUGCAGUGGUAGAAAUGGUGCUUGCUCAAGACCAAUAUUGCCACGUUUACCUGCCUACAACGACACUAAUACUGUAACUGCAUUCACGACUCAGCUGAAAAGCCCUUCCAAAGCCGAAGUCCCCUUAAAGAUAGAUGAGAGUCUGUUCUUUACAGUAGGGUUAGGAUUUGUUUUUUGCAAUCCAGGUCCAAGAUGUCAAGGACCAAAUAAUACUCGAUUUGCUGCAAGUAUGAACAAUGUGUCUUUCGUGCUCCCAAGAAGGACUUCUCUGUUACAGGCCUAUUAUCAAAAGAUUCCUGGCAUUUACACCACUGAUUUCCCAGCUGUUCCACCAGUGAGAUUUGAUUACACAGGAAACGUGAGCCGUGCUUUGUGGCAGCCUACUUUUGGUACUAAGCUAUACAAACUUAAGUUUGGUUCUGCAGUGCAAAUUGUGUUACAAGAUACAGCUAUAUUCUCAACAGAGGACCAUCCAAUUCAUCUGCACGGAUACCAUUUCUACGUUGUAGGACAGGGUUUUGGUAACUUUAAUCCAAGCAGAGAUACAGCUAGCUUUAACCUCAAUGAUCCACCACAGAGGAAUACUAUAGAUGUGCCUGUUGGUGGAUGGGCUGUUAUUCGGUUUGUUGCUGAUAAUCCUGGUGUGUGGCUGUUCCACUGUCACAUUGAUACACAUCUUACAUGGGGUUUAGCUAUGGCUUUCGAGGUUGAGAAUGGUGUCGGAGAGCUUCAGACCCUAGAGCCACCUCCAGCUGAUCUUCCACGAUGUUAAGACAAUCAAGAAACACGACAUUCUUCAAAUAUUUUACCUGGUUAAAGAAGAAGAAUUUAGCCUUUUCUUUAUCAUUGUUUCCCUCCAUUUUAGUGUCCUAAAUUUCUGUAUUUUAUUUCAUUUUCCAGAGUAUCGAUUACAGAUUAUUCCUUACAUGUAUUUUAAGUAGAGAGGAUCUGGGAUUCUUGAAUCAUAUAUGUCUGAUAUGUAACCUUUCAAUUUUAUGUACUUCACUGGCUAUGAAAAAUUAAAAGUUAUGCUUGGUUAUUUUCUA